CGCGUACAGACACAUACCCGUACAAUCGGCUGGUAUGUUUACAGUUUCUGUGAGAUGGGGAUGAAAGUGAAAGUUUUGAACUGUUCUCUCACGAAUCUGUCAACCGUUUGAUGAAUAUCACUAUCAUUAAAAAUCUUUGGAUAUUCCGUCACAAUUAACGAAUACAUAAAACAGCAAUGGUAUUGGCAGAAUCCAUCCACCCUUCCCUGGCGGACUUUGAAUUCGAAACGACUUCGGUGAAAUUAAAGUUGAUCUUCUUCUCAUUCGUAUUUUUCUGCAGCGUUUAUGUCAUCUCCACAAUUUUGUCAGCAGUGCUGAAGUCCUACCGAAAUCUGAGAAUGAAAGAGAAGAUAUUCUGGCACCUUGCUAUCGUGAGAGCAGUGUACGGAAUAUUUUGUAUAAUCAUAGGUAUAUGGGCGAUUUUUAUCGACACGGAGUUAGAAAAGGAUGUUGUGUUCGCUACUACGCCAACUAGUCAUUUUGCCAUGUCGAUAACUGUCGGAUUUUUCAUAUUUGAAUGUUCAAUGAUAAUGUGGUCUGAUAUAUAUUACAAACAAUUUAAUUUACUCCUCAAUCUGCAUCACUGGAUAUCUUUAAUUGGAUAUUCCUUGUUGAUAUAUUUGGGAAGUACGCACUAUUUUGGUUGCCGCGGACUUAUUCUCGAAAUGAGUACUCCGUUCAGCUGCCUGUGUUGGACAUUAUUGAAAUGCGACUUGGCGCAGACGUUCCUAUGGAAAGCCAACCAGUUUCUUCUCGUCCACACUUUCCACCUCCGUUCCGUUGUAGAAUGCGCUAUGUGGUAUAGUACUUACCUGAACUGGGACCGUAUUUGGUCUGCCAUGCCGACACCGAUGUUUGUGUCAUUCUACACACAGUUAGUGCUCGUAACCUUCAUCAUGACGCCCUAUUGGACUUACAAGAAAACCGUUCAAAUGGUCAAUCCGGUAGACUGGAACUUUGAAGACACUAAUAGGAAUAAAACAGAGAAUGGGGCCCUGAAGACGGAAUAAUUAAAACAAACACCCGGAGGACAUGUGCAAUACUUAGUAGUCAAUAAUACAUACUGAGAUUACUUGCUGAUCAGACACGUUUUAGAAUUUCAUUUUCUUAGAGAUAAAUUAGAGGCAGAAAACACCUAUGAAAUAAGUUAAAUAAGAGGCAGAAAACACCUGUUAAAUAUGUACAAAUGUUUCUCAAUUUAGUUCCGACUCCAGGUAUCUGUUAAGCAAUGAUACUUGAUUAAUGUAUUGUCUUUCAGCUGAAUGAGAAAUAGAUAAAACAACACGCAGUAAUUGCCGCUUCAUGGUCGUUAUAAAAACGGUUUCUUUCAAAAGGUGUUUACUUGGCUAUAGAACAAUUCUGCCGCAAAUUGAACUGCACAGAACAGUUGCAAAUUAUAUUGAACGGCAAGUAAAUCGUAAAUAAACGGGUAGUAAAAAUAUUUAUUGUAUUACAGACGCUAAGAGGCAGCAGACUCAUUCCAAAAUUAGAUAUUUUUCUCAACUUAAUUUAUCAAUUUGAACAUGAUAGGCCUAUAUGAUAAAUAAUACAUUUUUGUAUAAACGGGUACAUGUAUCAGAAAUUUGAAUGUUUCUUUCUCUCUCUGCAAGUAAAUCCUAGACAUAUUGGCAAACGGUAUUCCAAAAACUUAGAAAGAAGUUCUUGGUUUGGGACUGUUUAAUUUACAGGGUUGUAGGUCUAAUAGGAGUAGGGGGUUUGUUUAAUGUGUGCGUUAUUGGACAGGGUUUACACAUGCAUGAACACCAGAAAAAUAUCAAUUCUUAUUGUUCCAAGUAAACACGUUUCCGCACUGAUUUUUCAUUUUGUAAAAUAACAUUGCUCUUCUCGCUAAAAAUUUCGAAAACAAAUUUUUAUCAAAUUUAAUUCAAGAUAGGAAAUGAAAUAACAAAGAAAAUGAAUACCCACAUUUACAUGUUUGCUCCAGAAAUAAAAAAAAAAUGUAUCACCAUUUCUUCGAAAGUUAAGUGUUGAUUCGGCUUUGAUGCAACGCGCACAAAAAUCGAAGGGAUUUGGAAAAUAUCUGCUCCUUCUACUUCUAUACAUUUCAUUGAAGAAAUAAUAUAUUGCAGUACCACGUUUUUAAUGGGAAUACGCCUAUGCAACAUUUCUUAUUAGAAAGAACUAGGUGAAACAUUAACACUGACAAAAAAGUAUUAAAAUCGGACUACAGACAAAAACAGUUAUAGCCAUUUGAGUACCACCCUAUGUUAUGAAACGGCAGCCAUUUUGACACAGUUACAUCAUCAUUCUUUCCUUAUGUGGGCAUUACCAUAUAUGGAAAAUCAGUGAGUAACAACUAAGAGAAUAAUAUUUUGUGGGCCAUAAUAUAAUACGAACCUUUGCGUUUGUGUAAAGUUGUAUACAUUGUACAUUGUUAGAUCAACUUAAAGUUGUAUACAUUGUUAUUUCGAUUCUAACAUGUCUUUAACGUAAACAAGUACUAAUGAUGAAAUCAAAUAAGGAAGCAAUAUUUCAUGUCACAUAUAGGCCUACUGCUCUAAAUAUAGUAGGUCGACGUGACGUCAACGCGUAAAAUACGGGAAGUAACACGUCCCGCGUAAUAACUUAGGAGUGCGUUGACGUCUAAUGAUUUAUUUUGUGCGCGUAAUAACCUAUACAGUGUAUGUGAAUUAAAUGUAAAACCAUUCCGUUAUAUCAUUUCGAUUAUGAAACGUCUUUUAUAUAAAUUAUUAGAUCAAAUAUAGUAGCAUUCCUCGGUGCAUGUAGGGCGCCAAAUGACACGUCAGGGUGACGUCAGAUUCCUGUGUUUUAACGGAAAAUGUACAUAUUGGAAUGAUACUUAUUUCUCUAUAUUAUUAGUAUAAAAUGUAGCUAGAAAUACUGUUGUUAGUUUGUUGUUGGAAAUAAAGUAAAUAAAACAACGUAAA